GAUGGCGGCUCCCGUGUCGCCCUUGGUUACUGGGCGCCGCUUGAUAAAAGCUGCCAUUCGACCCGCCGCUCUCGUCCUAACGUGCUGGGCCCCGCGGAAAGCAUAUACAGUUCAGGUAGCAGAAAAAGCCACUGCUGGUGGUCUAGCAGAUGCUAAUUCGAAAGCCUUAUUGCUUUGCAAUGGACCUUUAGAACAUUAUGAAUUUCUUACCAAAGUGGAGCAGCUGAGGAAUGAUGAACAGCAGCAAAAAGUCAUGCGGUGCCUGCAGAAACUACAUGAAAGUCUUAAGGGGUACAACCUCAGCCCAAAACACAUAUUCUCAAAGCUUUUUACAAGACGUAAACCUCCAAAAGGCCUUUAUAUCUAUGGCGAUGUUGGCACAGGAAAGACAAUGGUGAUGGACAUAUUUUAUUCUCAUCUACAAGUAGAAAGAAAAAAGAGAGUCCAUUUCCAUGGCUUCAUGCUUGAUGUGCACAAAAGAAUACAUUGCCUUAAACAGAGUCUGCCAAAACGAACAGCUGGAUUAAUGGCUAAAUCAUAUGAUCCAAUAGCUCCUAUAGCUGAUGAAAUAAGUGAGGAAGCUGGUCUCUUGUGUUUUGAUGAAUUUCAGGUCACAGAUAUUGCUGAUGCUAUGAUUCUCAAACAGCUUUUUGAAAACCUGUUCCGAAACGGUGUCAUCGUUGUAGCCACAUCAAACAGGCCACCAGAAGAUCUCUAUAAAAACGGGCUUCAGAGAGUUAACUUUGUGCCAUUCAUUGCUGUACUAAAGAAACACUGCAAUACCAUCCAACUGGAUUCUGGAAUAGACUACAGGAAGCGUGCACUGCCUGCUGCAGGAAAGCUUUAUUACCUCACAAGUGAAGCUGAUGUGGAGGCUGUCAUGGAUAAGUUGUUUGAUGAGCUGGCUCAAAAACAAAAUGAUUUAACUAGACCAAGGAUUUUAAAAGUACAAGGCAGAGGACUGAGAGUGAAUAAAGCAUGUGGAACCAUUGCAGACUUCACAUUUGAAGAGCUGUGUGACAAACCUCUUGGAGCCAGUGAUUAUUUGGAAAUAUCCAAGAAUUUUGAUCUGGUUUUUGUUCAUGAUAUACCUCUCCUUACAAUGGCAAAAAGAACCCAAGCGCGACGCUUCAUCACUCUCAUUGAUACCUUUUAUGAAAAAAAGGUGCGGAUUAUUUGCUCUGCAUCAGCUCCCCUCCAGAGAAUAUUUAUUCAAGCGGACCAUGAUAGUGGACUGGAUGAGAAAAGGGUACUGAUGGAUGAUUUGGGGUUGAGCCAGGAUUCAGCUGAAGCACUUUCGAUGUUUACGGGAGAGGAAGAGAUAUUUGCCUUUCAACGUACUAUCUCGCGACUUACUGAAAUGCAGACAGAGCAAUACUGGAAAGAUGGGGAUCGGAGCAAAAAAAAGUUGCAGCCGGAAAGUUAAAAAUAAAGAGUAACUGAAAAGAAAAAGAGCUUUUUUUAAAGAGGCGCAUUAACUAACUUGACACUUUAUGUUAGUGUUAAAAAUUACAGCAUUAUUUACUGGCCCCAUUUAAUGCCAAUCUAUAGAUACAAUUUUAUUUAGUCUAGCAUGAAAACUUUAUUGACCAAAUAAAAAUUUCCUUUUAACUGUUGAUGACAGGAAAAAUAGAUAAAACAUAUUUAUUACUGGCCAUAUCACACUGUAGUUUGCACAAAUAAAAGAUACAAGGUAGAAACGUUAAAUGCACAUUCUGAAUCUAUCAAUCUCUGUUCUAUUGUUGAAAAA